AUGACGUUUAAUGCAACAGCAGCGUCAACUUCUAUAUUCUUAGGAUUUCUGGAAAUAUUAACACAAGAGCAUGAAUACAUUUAUAAAUUAAUGGAACUGGCCAAUUGGUUAAGAGAUGAACGUUAUUAUCAUACCAUUAUAUAUAUGAGUCAUAGUGUGGAACGUCAUAGAUAUGGAUAUGAUAAGGAUAUAAUGCUUAAAUAUUUAAUGAGUAAAAGUGAUAUACCAGUUAUUAAUUUAGAAGAAAGUUCAGUAUACUAUUUAUGGAAUAAAUACAAUCAUCGUUAUUUGGCUAUAGUUCAAAUGAAUGGUAAUGAAAAUCAGGAUAUGGAACUUUUGAAGACAUUGUUUAAAUCUUUAAAACGUAAUUUACUUACCAGAUUGAUAUUAAUGGUAAAAGAGGCGAAAGAUGAGAAAUAUAUAACAAAUAUUAUGAAAUAUUGCUUUAAAAAUAAGGCCAUCAAUGUGGUAGUGAUUAAUGAGCGCCUAAUGAUGGAUGUGGUAUAUAGAAUGAAAGCUUUUCCCAAGUUCAAAGCUGAGUUAGUAAAUAUAGAAGAAAACGAUUCUAAACUAUUCAUUGAUCAAGUCAAAAAUAUGCAUGGUUUUCCUAUGAGUCUAGUUUUGAAUAAAGUCAGCGCAUCAAGUUAUAUACUAAAAGUGAUAAAUGGUAAAAUUAUACUGGGAGGCAUUGUAGGACAUUUCUUUAGAGCCUUUGCCCGCAAACACAACAUAACCCAGAUAUUUCCGAAUUUAAAUCAAUUACACAAGGAAAUGUUAAUCAGUGAAAUGAAUGCUUUAGUGGAAAAUGGCACAUAUGAUGCCUCAACUGAACUGGUGAUUACUAAUUAUUCCACUGCUUUAGUUUUUACUAAUACCUACGAUUAUUUUGAUUGGUGUCUAAUGGUGCCGCUGGAGAGUACUGUGCCAGCCUAUAACUUUUAUGUUAUAGUUUUCGAUACGACCAGCUUGGUAUUGAUUUUAGUGGCUUUCCUAUUAUUUUCCCUGGUCUUGGCUAUUACUUAUAUGGUGAAGAGGGAACAUAUUAUUUACCAUGAGCUUCUCUUUAAUAUCUAUGUACUUAAUGGUCUUUUGGGUCAACCUUUCAAAGCGGAGCGUUAUUUUUCAGGUGUACGCAGUUUACUUUUUAUGUUGAUUUGCUUAUCCGGUUUGGUGUUCAAUACCACAUACGUCACUCAUCUGCAAACCUUUAAUGCCAGACCUCCCUUAAAACAUGUCAUAAGAACAUAUAAAGAUGUUAUGGCUUCUGGCUUGCAUAUUGCUAUGUACGAGGAAGACUACUAUGAUCUGAUAAAAACAUAUAAUUUACAUGAUGAUUUUAAAUCACGUGUUGUAACUAUUCCCACAUUUGCCGAAUUCUAUAGUUUACGUGAUAACUUUGAUAGUCGUUAUAUAUAUCCAGUACCGUCGGCUCAAUGGACUCUUUAUGAAGCUCAACAGAAAUUUUUUUCAAAAUUUAAAUAUCGCCUAACAGAUAUAUGCAUUCUGAAAAUGUUUGGCAAACAAUUAGCUUUACAGCCCAAUUCCCCCUACGAGGAGGCUAUGAACACUUUAAUCGGUCAAGUAAAUCAGGCUGGUUUGGUUUUACAUUGGAAAGCUAUGGCAUUUUUAGAAGCUAUUGAAAUGAAAAAGAUUCAUUUGAAUGAUACAACAUCUAGAACAACAUUUGAACCCAUGAAAGUGGAAGAUAUGAAAUUAUUAAAGGAAAUACACGAAAGAGUUUUCAUAGAACAGAAUUAA